AUGGUGGCUGACUGUGACUGGUCGGAUCUUCCUCAAGAACUUGUUAUCUCCAUUGCCAACCGGAUAGUUUUGAUGGAGGAUUUUACUGCUUUUGGUGCGGUUUGCAAAUCAUGGAGAUCAGCCGCCACCAAGGAAAUUUUCACCAGUCCAUUAACACAUCAGGUUCCAUUCAUUAUGCACCCAGUGAAAGAUGCAGCUGGCAUGCUUGAGUUUUACAGCUUCAAAAAAGAUAAGUUUCUCAUGAUCAAUCUGCCAGAAGGUGAGGACGAAGUAUGCGGUUCUUGUUUAGGAUGGCUGAUCACUAAACGAGGAGAUUCGAAAUUUAAUCUGUUGCAUCCUUUAAAUCAUUCCCGCAUUAAGUUUCCAAGUUUUAGAGAUUCUAAGGAAAACCUUUCACCCUUAAUAAUCAUGUCAAAUUUUGAUUUCCAAAAGAGAUUUGUCUUAUCAUCAAGCCCUUCUUGGACAUGUGAUUAUACAAUCAUGGUUCAAUCUAACUCUAGACUCUUGGCAUUUUGCAAACCAACUGAACAUAAAUAUUGGACAGGUAUAGUUUUAGAGGAAGAGGCAAGGGACAUAAUUUGUUACAAGGGACGAUUUUAUGCGGUGAGCGGUGAUGGGAGCGUUUGGGUUUGUGACACCGAAAACCCUAAGCAAGCAAAGGCAAAGGUCGUUGUUCCAGCGGUGCCAGGGGAAGUUCUGCCUUCAGCUCUUAGAAGGGUAAAACUGGUGGAAUCAGCAGGCGACUUAUUAGUGGUUUUCACUAACGGAUUCAGAGACGACCUUCCAAGCCCUAAGUUUAGGGUUUUCAAGGUGCCUUUGAGGGAUGGCAAGUGGCACUUAGACUUGGAAGUGAAGGACUUGGGUAACAGAACCCUAUUUUUGGGUCGUGAUAGUCCUUCAUUCUCUAUUGUCAGCUCGGACUGCUCUGGAUUCAAGCCCAAUUGCAUAUACUUUUCAUUCGCAUUAUAUGGGGUUUUCAGUGUUUUUCAUAUGGAAGAUGGAAGAGCUGAGGAACAUUUUUGGUCCCAUUACUGGCGGAAACCGUCUUACUGGAUUCAACCGAGUUUCUAA